AUAGCAAGAUGUCCACUCAAAGUGUCCAAACUUUCGGUAAAAAGAAGACCGCCACUGCUGUUGCCCACGUCAAGGCCGGUAAGGGUUUGAUCAAGGUCAACGGUUCCCCAAUCACCUUGGUCCAGCCAGAAAUCUUGAGAUUCAAGGUUUACGAGCCAUUGACCGUUGUUGGUUUGGACAAGUUCGCCAACAUUGACAUCAGAGUCAAGGUCACCGGUGGUGGUCACGUCUCUCAGGUCUACGCCAUCAGACAGGCUAUUGCCAAGGGUUUGGUUGCCUACCACCAGAAGUUUGUCGACGAAGCUUCUAAGAACGAGUUGAAGAAGAUCUUUGCCGCUUACGACAGAACCUUGUUGAUUGCUGACUCCAGAAGAUCCGAGCCAAAGAAGUUCGGUGGUAAGGGUGCCAGAUCCAGAUUCCAGAAGUCUUACCGUUAAGGAGUUCCACAGAGUGUUAUACGGUUUGUUUGUUG